UUUAGUCUGCACACUUCAUCGCUGUCACUCGUGGCUGCAGGUAGCAGAAAAAUAUGAAGAAGCAGGUGCUUUUACUUAAAGUAAGAUCUUGUCGAUGAAAAUUCUCCAGAGCUAGGAUAAGUGGGGAUUAUCUUCUAGCGACUGCCCCUUCUUCGAUUUGGCUUUAAAAUUGAGUACUGCCAUGUCCGGUGAAACGGCAUCUACGCCUCACGGCCCUCAAGUUUAUCGCCAUGGGCUGAUAUUAAAGUUUCGUUGGCUUGUAGAAAAAAUGCCAGUGGAUUAUCCCAUAAUUUCACAGCCAUUUCAAUUCAGAAACGAAAAACUUUUCUUAGUCAGCUUAAAUUGCACUGCUGGACAAGAGAGAAAAAACGACCAACCAGGCUUUUUACUCACCUUUACUAGUUCUAAUCAUCAUAAAAUCGGCAUUCAAUUACAUAGAGUUUUACUGACACUGACUUGUCCUGGAAUGACUGAAUCUGACACUACUGAGAUGCAACCGAAGCAAAUAAUGGAGGAUGAACUUCGUAAAGUGUUCAUUUUGCAUACCGGACCUCUUCCACUCCCCGUUACAAUCACAUAUUACAUCCAUGUCAACGAGAACAUACCCAACUACCGCUAUGAAUUAGUAGACUUGCUCUGCAUGGCUCAACUGUGGCUUGCUGCUCGGAAGAGACAGUAUACAGAUUUUGAGUUUUUAGUUCAAGGGAAAGUAUUUCCUGCUCAUCGAGCCAUUUUAGCUGCUCGGAGCCCCGUUCUCGCAAAUUUAUUAUCCCAGCCGGGAAUUGACUUCCUUCGCAUCGAAGACAUAGACGCCUCUGUUUUUGAAGAAUUCCUGCAUUUUAUCUACACGGGUCGUUUAACGACCUCUGCCAAUGAUGUCCAACUACUUGCAGCUGCUGAACGAUACCAAGUAAACACUCUCAUGAAGCUGUGCCAAAAUGCCACCCAGGGAUCAGAAUCUAGCAACAGAAUCCUAGACCUAACAAGCAUAUAGUACACCCCACCCCCCCCCCCACACUUCCCGUUAUUUGGAUU